UGCUUAUGUCCCCUUGAAUGUUCAUUCCUCUCAUAAUGUCCUUUCUGAUUUUACAGGUGAUCCAUCUUUCUGCCUUACAAGGUUCCCAAUAUGUAUUGCAACUUCCACCAUUGGAUCUUUGUGUGUCUCUGUAUCUUGACUUCAAGAAUAUGCAUCCAGGGGAAUCAAUCUAAUAUCGAAACCAACAGGAAUGACAAACUCUCAUUGCCUGGUUUUGAGAAUCUCACUGCAGGAUAUAACAAGUUUCUCAGACCCAAUUUUGGUGGGGAACCUGUUCAAAUAGCACUGACACUUGACAUUGCCAGUAUUUCUAGCAUUUCAGAAAGUAACAUGGACUAUACUGCAACCAUCUACCUGAGGCAGCGAUGGACUGAUCAGCGGCUGGUGUUUGAAGGCAACAAGAGCUUUACUCUGGAUGCUCGACUUGUUGAGUUUCUCUGGGUCCCUGAUACCUACAUUGUGGAAUCCAAAAAGUCUUUCCUACAUGAAGUCACUGUGGGGAACCGACUGAUUCGAUUAUUCUCCAAUGGCACUGUCUUGUAUGCUCUCAGAAUUACUACUACUGUUACAUGUAACAUGGACUUAUCUAAAUAUCCCAUGGACACACAGACGUGCAAGCUACAGCUGGAGAGCUGGGGUUAUGAUGGAAGUGAUGUGGAGUUUACAUGGCUGAGAGGUAACGACUCUGUUCGAGGCCUUGAAAAUUUACGACUGGCUCAAUAUACUGUGCAACGGUAUUUCACCUUAGUCACUAAAUCCCAACAGGAAACAGGAAAUUAUACCCGACUGGUCUUGCAAUUUGAACUUAGGAGAAAUGUCCUGUACUUUAUUUUGGAAACCUAUGUUCCUUCUACUUUUCUAGUCAUCUUAUCCUGGGUUUCCUUUUGGAUAUCCCUUGAUUCAGUACCUGCAAGAACCUGCAUUGGUGUCACCACUGUACUGUCAAUGACAACACUAAUGAUUGGUUCCCGUACAUCUCUGCCUAGUACCAACUGCUUUAUAAAGGCCAUUGAUGUAUAUCUUGGGAUCUGCUUUAGCUUUGUUUUUGGGGCCCUGUUGGAAUAUGCAGUUGCUCAUUAUAGUUCCUCACAGAAGCUGGCAGCCAAAGACAGGGGGACUUCUAAGGAAGUAGAAGAAGUCAAUAUUACUAACAUCAUCAACAGCUCCAUCUCCAGCUUCAAGAGAAAGAUAAGCUUUGCCACUAUUGAAAUCUCCGGUGAUAAUGUCAAUUAUAGUGAUCUGACAAUGAAAACCAGUGACAAGUUCAAGUUUAUUUUCAGGGAUAAAAUGGGUAGAAUUGUUGAUUACUUCACAAUUCAAAACCCUAGUAAUGUAGACCGUUACUCCAAACUAUUAUUUCCUUUGGUUUUCAUGCUAGUCAAUGUAUUUUACUGGGCAUAUUACCUGUAUUUUUAAGAACCAAAUCCCUUGAAAAAUUUUGCCAUAAGUAACGAUGUAAUUGGCAUUUUAGUCCUAAUAUGCACAAUAACUCUAUGGUGAUACAAAUAGUCCAAGCUAUAACAUUUGAGUAGUCAUCCUUGAAAGUGGCCCUGAUAUCUAUUCUAGUAUGCCAUGCCCCUUCGAGACACCAACUUAUUUCAAAGUAGCCUGAGAUUCCAUGCCAUAGUUAACUAUGCAAUAAAUAUCAAUGGAAUGCCUUUAACUCUUUUAUACCACUGGUAUUCAAUAAUAAUAGCUAAGAUUUAUGUAACACUUACUAUGUGGCUUACUAUUAGCCACUGGGCUAAGCGUUUUACAAAAUUAUGUCAUUUAAUCCUCACAACAACUCCUCGGAGAUAGGGGCUAUUACUAUUCUCAUGUUACAGAUGAAGAAACUGAGGCAAAUGGAAAUUAAAUGACUUGCCCAGAAUCACACAACUGGUAAGUCCAAAUUUGGACUCAGGUCUUCCUAACUCCAAGACCUGAUGCUUUAUUCACUAUGCCACCUUGCUAAUUAUAUAGUGCUUUAAGUUUGUCAAGUGUUUCCCCAACCCCUCCCCACAUACACAACUUUUUUUUUUUAAGUGAUCCAAAUGAAAGAGAUUUCUACAUUGGAGAAUCAUAUUAUUUACUAACACUCUAGAGUCCAUUCUUGUCUGUAUGUAACAUAUUCUCAGAAUUUCUAGCAAACAAGGUGCUAUACUUUGGAAAUGUAUAUAGGCAGCUCAUCUCAGAAUCACUAUGCCAAAACAAAAUUAAAAUGAUCUUUCUGAAAUACUUUCCACUAACAAGAGUAAAACAAAUGGCACAUGGUUCAAUAGCUUCUUCCAUUCAUAUCUGACAUGUAAGUAAAGAAAAAUGGUUAGAGUAUUAAUAUUCUCUUGAUUCUUUUUGUACUGGUAUGAUACAGUGAAUCCUCCAAAUUAGAUUGACAUUUAGGUUCAUAUUCCAAGGACACCUGAUCAUCUAUUUAUGAUCCAUAUCACUUCUCACAGGGAAAAUAAAGCAUAUAUAUCUUGCCCCCAAACAAAUCAACUAUUUACUCUUCAAUAUCCAUAGUAAACAUGGAAACAGUUCACAUAUUCCAGAAAUCUCAAAAGAUAUUUUAGUAACAGAUAAAUCAUCAAUUUCUAGCUACCCUUAUUUACAUAUUGAUAAGUAAAAGGAGUACCAGCGUAACAAACCACAUUUUAUAUUCAAUAAGUUAUCUCCUUAAAUACAAUACUUUAAUCUAGUUGAAAAAGACUAUGGAAUUUGUAAUAAUAAAACCUACGAGCCAUAUAUUUCUUUCUGUUUUUUAAGUUUUAUUGAUGCUUUCGGCUUUUUUAUACCACAGUAACUUUCCAAAAUGCACUACUUUCUUCAUGAUACUCUUUUAAUAAAGAAAACAUUAAGCAAAACUAAUCAGCAAAACAAUCACAUUUGACAGUAUACACAACAUUCUACAUCUAAGAACCCCACCAUUUCUCAAGGAGGAAAGAAAUUUCAUCACUUGUUAUCUAGAACCAGGAAUUAUCAUUGCAAUUAAUCUAAAUUCAUUGACUUUUGGUAAUUGUUUUCAUUUCUAUGAUUGAGAUUGCCAUAUAUUUCAUCUCCUGGUUUUGUUGCUUGCUCUAUAUCACUUCAUACAAGUCUUUCCAUCUUUCUCUGGAAUUCUUUCUAUUUGUUGUUUCUUAUGGUGCAAUGAUAUUCUAGAACAUUUAUAUACAACAGUUGUUAUGUUAUUUCCCAAUUAAUGGGUACCCACUUUGUUUCCAGUUUUUGUUAACAUAAAGAUUUCUAUUACAAUUUUUUUAAAUAU